AUGCGGGUGAACUGCACAUUGAGGUCUGGGUUGCUCUUUGUCACUCUGUCUCUUGCCAUUGCCCAGGACAAGCAAGCUUCCUUCUCCAAAAGCUGUCACCCAAGAGGAACACUGUCCCAAGCUGUUGACACACUCUAUGUCAAGGCGGCAUGGUUCAAAGGAACAAUUCCAGAAGACCGCAUAAAAAAUAUACGAUUAUUAAAAAAGAAUGCAAAAAAGCUAUUUAUGAAAAACUGCAGAUUCCAAGAACAGCUUCUGUCCUUCUUCAUGGAAGAUGUUUUUGGUCAACUCCAACUACAAGUUUGCAAGGAAAUGCACUUUGUGGAAGACUUCCAUAGCCUCAGGCAGAAAUGGAGCCGCUGUAUUUCCUGUGCCUCCUCAGCUAGAGAGAUGAAACCCAUUACCAGGAUGAAAAGGACAUUUCAUAGUAUUGGAAACAAAGGGAUCUACAAAGCCAUCAGUGAACUGGACAUUCUUCUUUCCUGGAUUAAACAAUUCCUGGAAAGCGUUAAGUAA